UACGCCGCGUUUUAGUAGCGCCUAAGACAGCGUGUGCAACAGUUCAGCAAGUAUUUCAACAUGGGAUCCACGAGUCAAGCGAAAGCCAGCAAGGAUAUCUUGUCUUCGGAGGCCGAUUUCAAGAAAAGGGAUGCCGUCUGGCCGUUGGUCUUGUUCUACAUCCAUGUCUACAUUCUGGGUACAACGGGCAUUUAUAUAGCCUGGACAAGUGCAUCAUGGUCCACAAUUUUAUUCACUGCACUGACCACAUUGUUGGGCAUUUUGGGCGUCACUGUGGGCGUGCAUCGACUGUGGGCACAUCGCACUUUCACUGCCACGGCGCCGCUGCGUUUAUUCCUCAUGCUCUGCCAAACGAUGGCUGGUCAGGGCUCGAUCUACAGUCGCGUUCAGGCGCAUCGUUUGCAUCACGCUAAAUUCCAUCAGGAUGAGGAUCCGUAUUACAGCAAAUUGGGUUUUCUGCACGCUCAGCUGCAUGGCAAUCUGUUUCGUUAUUCGCGUCAGCAAGAACAAUUGCUGAUCGAAAUCGACAUGUCUGACAUUGAGAGCGACAAGAUUGUGAUGUUCCAGAAACGCUUCUAUGUAUUACUCUACAUUGUCCUCAAUGUGCUGGUGCCCCUGAAUACUCCCUUCCAAUACUUUGGCGAAACCUUUGGCGUUGCCAUGUUCGUUGGCUUCUGGCUGCGCAGUUUGAUAGUGUUAAACGUGGGCGAUUUGGUCAACUCAUCGCACUUUGUCUGGCGCAUUCAGAAGGACUUUAAGCCCACCGAUUCGAAUAGCAUUUUCUUCAUUACGAAAUCGUUUUGGCCGCAGUUCCAUUAUCUGCUGCCCAACGACUAUCAGAGCGGCGAGUUUGGUGACUAUGCCAAGGGAACGGGCACCGCAAUGAUUCGUGUGUUUGCUGCUCUCAAUUUGGCCAAGGAUCUGCGCACCAUUUCCUCGGUGGCGGUGCGCAAAGGUUUGGUCAUGGCUGUGGAGACGAAGCGGCCGAUAGUCGAGUGCAUUGAGGAGCAGGUGAAGCUGGAGAAGUUGCCGGAAAAUCACUUUCUCAAUCGUGAAAAGUUCAUGUGAGGCGGAGAGAGAGAGGAAGUUCACUUUUGGCUAUCUAACAUAGUAUGUCUUUAAGCAUUAAAUAAACUAAAAUAGCAUACAAAUAAAACCGCAGAUUUAUAGCCGAAAGGCAAAA